CACCGACAUCAUGAAGCUUGGUUACUUGUGAAGCUUAUCUAUAUCCUUGGAAAAGAAAAUAGAUAUGCUUCAAAAAGAGGUCUAAAAAAAUACAAUGUGGAUAAAAAAAUAUUUUUUUAAUAGUUUAAUCUUAAGCAAUAUGUGAUGUAUGGUGACCUGACAGUGAUAAUGAUGGUGGUUGUGUCAGCGGCGGUGUGUAUAGCAACGUUACUGGAGGACUCACACCCAGGGGACAACCAGAGCUUCAGGUUCCCCCGGGAAGAAUGGCUCACACUCUCACCUCAGCAGCUGACAUAUAUCCGUAGCACUCUGGAGUGUCCAGCCAGUGAGAGAUGCCUCACCACCAAGAAUAACUUGGCUCCAGUGACUUGCAUUGACCACUCAUCCUGCUGGGGUGAGCUGUUUCUCUGCUGCUCGGACGCAUGCUUCAAAAAUACUAAAAUCUGCAAACUUGGCAAGAGGAAGAAUAGAUAUCUUGAGUGAAGAUGAUAACCAAGUAUUUGGGAAGGAAAUUCGCUGUAGCAGCAGUAGUGGCAACCAGUGGAAACUAAGUGAAGCUUUUUAACAUUUACCCUUUAUCCUAGGUUACUUCUAGAUAAUUUAUCAUCACGUAUUAUUAUAAGCAUAACUAAACUCUAAAUGUAUCACCGAUGUACGCUUAAACCUGCUGCGUUUAUUGCUACUACUAUACAACUAUAUAAUGGUUUCUGAUGUGUAGUGACCGUAACUGAACCAUGUCUUAUUUUAUCUUUCAAAUGAAGGAACAACAUCAGAGAUACACUUAUUUCUUGUCAACCACAACCAUAACCACAACCAUAACCACAACCAUAACCACAACCACAACCACAAGCUUGUGUUAUAUUCACAGAGAAGUGCGCUUCUCAGUCUAUAUUCGCUGACUAUACUUUCAUCCAUACAUCCAUAUCUUUGUAACUGAUUUAAUUAUAAUAACCGAAAUGAGAUCAAAUUCAGCCUCGAUGAUCCUGGCUGCGACAGGUCUAUAUCUUUAUUUAAUAAGGUUGUACUUUAUGAAUGUAUCUCCAUAAUAUGUAUAAAAUAUAUGAGAGAAAAUAAACCGUUAUGAGAGAA